GAAUUCCUUUGAUAUUCUUAGUGCAUAAUUGUACGAGUUGUGCUAAUUUACUUUGCAUUUUGACUGACACUGAUAAUGCUUUUGAAGCAGUGAAUAAGGUCAUUGCAUUGGCAAGUCAUUGAACCAUCUUAUAGUUGCAGAGGUGUAAGUCUUCUUCUACUGCCUAAAACUUGAAUCGAAUGAAGCUUUUGUGAGAAAUCAACACGAACCAAUUGUAUCCUCAGUUGAUCUCUUUGAAAAUGGCGGACCCGACCCCAGAAGGAGCCAAAUGUCGAUGCAGUGAGAUGAUAUUACUAACAAGGGUUUAACAUCAACAGUAGAGAGAGUUGACAAUUCUUCUGCAAUGUUGUUAUGCUCAUCGGAAUCUGUCUGGGAAAGGAAUUUGGGACCUCUGGUGUUGCUUGCCGGUGCUGAAAAACUUUGAUGCAAUUGUAACUACUACCUUUUGCUUUUGCUUAGAUCAUUCUCUCAAACUCUCAAGUCUUUAGACAGAAGAUGAUAUUUACUAAUGCUAUGACUUUUGCUUCUAAUAAUUUAUGUUACUUUAUAGAAAGUAGUAGAAGAAACAAUAAACACUAGGAAAUAAUCCAGCAAAAUAGUCAAACAAAUUAGACUGUAUCUUCUUGAACAUUAAGUAGCUUAGCUCUCUCUUUCACCGACUAUAAUAAAGUAUUAUGCUAAUUUGGAGAGAAUAAGAAUUAGGCACGCGUCAUAUCUAGCAAUAGAAUAAAAAUAAAGCAAAAGUUAACAAGACACGUGUCAUUGUGUCUGUAUCUGUAUCAGUCAAAUAUAAGAAGAAGAAGAAAAAAAAAAGAAGUGCAAGAAAAAGAGAGAGAGAGAGAACAGUUCUCCAAGAUAACAGAUUUAGAUACAGACAGUUCAAAACUUGAAACUUGGUUCUUUCUAGAAGAUCAGUAAUAUAUAUUAUAUAUAGGACUCCAUUAUAUACAUAUACAUAGUAAUAAAGACAUAGAAAUGGCAGAUUCAGAUUCAAAGGUGGUGGGGAGGACCCAGAGGAGGAUUCUGGGUAUAGGUUACUGGGUGCAGGGAUUCAGGUGCUUGCCAUGGAUGGCAGUGAUUUUCUUCCUCAAGGAUGGGGUUGGAGUGGAUCCCUCCACCAUUCAGCUCCUUCUCAGCUCUGCCAACCUUCCCAUGGUCGCCAAGCCUCUCUAUGGCGUCCUCUCCGAUGCCCUCUACCUCUCUGGCCAGCAUCGUAUUCCGUACAUCGCCUUCGGAGCUUUCUUACAAGCACUGUCAUGGCUGGCAUUAGCAAUUAUCUCUCCCUCAAGCAUUUCAAUAACCACCAUGGCCUUAUAUCUCCUACUCAGUAAUCUUGGGGCUUCAAUAGCUGAGGUUGCAAAUGAUGCCAUUGUAGCAGAGGUAGGGAAACAGCAGCAGCCAACUUCCUCCAAAACAUCUCAGCCAUCACCAUCACCAGCCUCCUCCUCCUCCUCAGGUGAGCUCCAAUCAUUUGUAUGGAUAGCUUCAUCCGCCGGAGGAGUCUUAGGAAAUCUCCUGGGCGGUCUCAUCAUCAACCGGGUGUCCCCUCAGAAGAUGUUCCUCCUUUUUGGCCUUCUGGCAUCUCUCCAACUCUUUGUCACCAUCAUGGUCAGGGAGAGCUCACUCAACCUUCCCAAGAGGGCAUCUGACAGUGGGGUUAGGAAGCAGCUUUCGCAGCUAACAAUCGCCUUGAGAAAGCCAGCAAUUGCACGGUCAAUCACAUGGUUUGCACUAUCUUAUGCAGUGAUUCCUGCACUGACAGGCACAAUGUUCUUUUAUCAAACAGAACAUCUGAAGAUUGACUCUUCAGUGUUGGGAAUCUCCAAGGUGUUCGGGCAGGUGGCCAUGCUUUUAUGGAGCAUAGUCUACAACGGCUCCCUGAAGCGGAUGGCAUCAUCCAGGACAAUAAUAGCAGGACUUCAGGUGGCGAUGGCGUUGUUCAUGUUAUCAGAUGUGCUGUUUGUAAAAGGAGUGUACCGAAGCAUUGGAGUCCCGGAUGGGGUGUAUGUAGUAAUAUUCUCAGGGCUUUUGGAGGUUCUCUUCUUCUUCAAGAUACUGCCGUUCAGCGUGGUGAUAGCGAGGCUGUGCCCUGCAGGCUGCGAGGGGUCUCUGAUGGCGCUGGUGAUGUCGGCUGUAGCGCUGGCGAUGAUAGUGAGUGGCUAUCUUGGAGUUGCGCUUGCAGCCUAUGUUGGGGUGACCCCUGCUAAUGAGUUCUCAGGCUUGCCGAAAGCCAUUGCAAUACAGGCGGUUUGCACCCUUGUCCCGCUGUUUUGGUCAUCUUGUAUCCCAGAGGAUGAGCAAGAGAAAUCUUCAUCUUCUUCCAGGACCAAAAGUGAAUAGAGUAGCUAGCUGACAUUCAUUCUUGGUUAUAUUGAAUGUGGAUUUAUUGCUGCUACAGCUUUUCAGAUUCUUCUGUAUUUUCAUAUUGGUUGAUAUUCAUCUUCCAUUUAUUUUGUUCCUUGAACUAAAUCUAUUUGUUGUAUUGUAUAGUCUAUGUAUGUACAUAUAUAUUGAACAUUAAGAGGACAUUAAUUAAUGAACGCAUGUAUUUUAUUGAUUCA